AAACCCAUGCCACACCCUGGCCUGACCAAAUAAAUGAAGAUAAACACAAAAUACUUCGACCAGGGCGUGACAAAAUGUAAUUUUAUGACCGAUUCAUUGAACUCAAAUAGCCUAUAAUAAUAUAUUACAUUUUUAUAGUGCUUUUCAUAGACGUAAAGCAUUUCAAGAGCAAAAAACAAACAAGCAGUAUACUGUAUCAGGUCAACCAAUAGAGGCCAAGUCUUUCAGUGCUGCAUCCUCUGCAGAUGGAGAGGCUUGAGGGGCUUGAGCGGAGGGAGCUGGUCAGAGGAUGGUAGAUGAUAUUGAUGGAGUCUUCUGAUGAUCUUGUAGAGGGCAAGUCUGGGAACCAGCCUGACUCUUACAGCCACCCUCUUCCACUCUGUGUAACACCACUUGGGUGAUGUCUCAGCAGCUCUGGGUGCCAGAAAGCUCACCACACAAGGAUCAGAAUAGUAGCCAGUCGUCCUCACUGUGAGCCCUCUGCCUAAGCUCUGUCUCCCAGUCUCCUCACGCUUCAGGCAACUCCUCAAAUGAUGUUAGCAGAAGAUCAGAAAUUGGCAGCUAGGUGAAACAAAAAAAGAUGGUACUCUGUCCAGAUGCAUUUUUUCAAAAAGAGUCAUUAGCCAAAGAGUGUUAACCUAUCAGUCAAUCUGCAAAUACUUGUCUCAAAAAUACCAGAUAUAGGUAAUAAAAACUCAAAUGUUAUCUAAAAACUAAAGCGCUGAUUAUAAAUCAACAAUUAAAAUCACCUCAAAAUAAUUAAAUAUGUACACAUUUACAGCUCUGUGCUCAGGCUGCAACCUGGUCUCAGAGCAUUUGAUAUUAUCCUGUACGUAAAUCUGAAAUACUCAAUUUAAUAUGAAACUGUAUGUUACGUUUAAUAUGGUAUAUAUUCAUUUUUGAAUAUCCAUCACUCAUUUCAUAUGAUAUGUUACAAAUUACAAUUGAUAUUAUAUGUUAUGAAUUUGCUAAAUACACAAUAUGUUGUGAAUUUUCAAAACGUUUGAUAUAUUACGAAUUCUAGCUAGGCUAGAGGUUAGUGUUAAGUGUAGGAUUUAUGAUAAACGGUUAUGGUUAAGGUCAUGGGAAGGGUUAGCUAAAAGGGUUAAGAUUAGGGGAAGGGUUAGCUAACAUGUUGCGAAGUAGCAAAUAAGCAGUAAGUUGUUAAUUAGCUAAAACGCUGAAGUUGUCCAUGAUGACAUUCAAACUCACAAACGUUGAGUUGCUAGACGUUACCAUUACGCCCACCAUUAUGCCUUAAGAAACAAUCUGUUUUAUGUAACCAUACCAAACAUAACAUAUGAUAAUACUUUUAGUGUCCCGGAUUUACGUAUACUAUGUUGCAUCUAGUCUAUGAGACCAGGCUGAGGCUGUUAUUAGGGUGCCAUGACAACUGUAGAACUCAUAUGCUUGAAAUAUGGAAAUACAUGGAACCUUGAAUCAUGAUUAUUUAAUCUUCUGAUUUAAUCAAGCCUAUUGUUUUCCUGUUCUAUUUUGGAAAGAAGUUUAGGUGACAAGCUGAUGGGACUAUGGGCUAUAGGUAACAAACUCUGCUCGAAUGACGGCUAUAUUAUGACGCACCUUAGAACUUGUAAAUGUGCGCCAGAAGAGUACUCUGUCCUAGACCUAUCCAAAAGGCCCGAGGAUGCGCCUCAAGCUGCGGAACCUUCUACAGUUCAUGUGGAACAGGAGGUCCAACAGCGGGCCCCAGUGUGUGCCAUACAUCCGCGACAUCAGACAGCUGCAGAGCGAGGGGUUCUACCGAGUUUAUCUCGGUGAAACCGAGUUUCCAGAGGGUCUGAUCACUGGUGACAUCUCCGCGGCAACGGACGCCUCUAGCAGCAGACACAGCUGGAGCGUCAUCCACGCGGGAGGUCAGAGAGGAUGGGUUCCAUGGAAUUACAAACUACUGUUCCACUGUAACGGUGUCUCCUCACUGCAGCCUUCAGGGGAAAUAUUUGAAGAGUUGUGUGGCAGUUUAAGGGAGAACUACGGGAAAUGUGCAAUAGUAGUGAACAAUCAUAGCUGGAGGUCACCAAGGAAAGUUGACGAUUGUAACUUCGCAGGGUAUGUUCAUCACCUGCCCGAGGCCCCGGUGGAUCUCAUACCUAUGAGCUGCUGCCCGACGUUGGCGCGCGCGUACGGACACGAGCUUAUUCAAAUCCCGUUCCAGUGCGCGCACCUGUGCCCUCUGAACAGCGCUUGGUCCACGGUGAAGUGGUUUGCGACCAACGACCAUGGGAAGUAUUCGGAGGCCAUUUACGACCGUGACACUCUACAUAAAUACGUCUAUUGGAAUGAGCUGAUGGAGGGAGCUCUGAAGAAGAUGACCAAGAGGAAAUGGGAGGAAGCAUUGUCUCGAGUUAGGACGAAUGAGAAUCAUUACUUAAAUGACAAGCAGUGACAACGGGUUCAUUCAGACUAUAUAAAAGAGAUGCACAUGACAUUGGCUAAGGGACUUUUUGUUUGUUGGUAAAAGUAUAGUUUUCAUGUAUUGUGAGGUUAGUGCUAUGGUCUCUGCCAAAAGGUCUAAACCUUUAUGGCACAGGAUAAUGUGCUCACCCGAUACUGCAAUGUUAUUGAUUCAAGCAAGGUUCCUGCUCCUUCUCAAUCACAACUGUACAUUACGAAAUGCUAUGACUCAUUAAGAGUCACAACCAAAAUAGAAUUAAAUAAAACUUGUUACAGAUUAUCAAUGUAUUUAGAAUCAAAGGAAUGCAAUGAAUUUACAACCAAAUCACAUGUUCAGACAGUGAAACAUGUUUUAAAUAGGCCUGGAUAUUAACAUACACUACCGGUUAAAUUUUUAGAACGCCUACUCAUUCAAGGGUUUUCUUUAAAAAAAACUAUUUUCUACAUUGUAGAAUAAUAGUG